UUAAUUGUGUGCCAGUGUUUUUGUUUAUACUGUUGGAUAAGACUUAGAGAUUUGGGUGACAUUUGAAUAUGUUUGGGUAAGAACUUCUUCUUAAUCUAUCGUUCUUGAAUUUUAUUUGAAUUAGUUAUAGUUUACAGCUUUAUAUUAACUUAAUAAAGUAUUAAAAGUUUCAAGAAAUUUAUGGUAUUUUCAUUUGGUAAACCGUGUAUAUACGCGGUCUAGAGCUCUCAUGAAUUCAGGUCGUCCAAUCUUUUUUCUCAGUGUAUAAAUGGUGAUUUCACUUUUUCAACCAUUUAUAGAGUUUACAAAUAGUGAUGUUUCAUGCUAUUAAAGCUUAUUUUUGGUUUUGAAAUUGUGGAAUAAGGGAGACAUGCAUUCUGCUCUUUGGGGUUCUAAGGUAGGAAAUAGUUAGAGGACUACAAAUGACAGUAGCUAUACAUGGAGUUAGUAAUUGGCAAAUUGAUGCUUUAUGUUCUUAGAAUUUUGAAUCCAAUAUAUGUUUUAUACAUCGUUUUAUAUAUAGUUUUAUAUACGUAAGCGAAAGAAGCUAAAAAUGAUGAAGAAAUUGGUAUAUUCUUGUAUUCUAUUUAAUAUAUUUCUUAAUCGGGAUUUGUUUUUUAUUAUCAUCAUUCGUUUUUACCCAAUAUAUUUUUGUUUUCACUGUCAGAACCCUACAUGUAGUAGCAACUAACUCUACAUCAUCUGUUUUUUUUUCCUUUUUUGGUGAUGAUGUUUGAAAUUUGGUGAUCAGUUGGUUCAGGCAGGCUGAGGCGGCUUUUUCGUCGACCACCGAAAUGGCGGUGGUGAAGGAAUUUGGUGGAUGUGAGUCGUAAUUUGACCAUUCACAAUAACCUUAAGUGUCCUUUGUUUAAUGUUUCUUAAGGUUAUUGGAUUUAAGUGUCCUUUUCUUCUUAUUAAUUUUGGAGAUAUUGUUUGAUGUUUCUUAAGGUUAUUGGAUUUAAGUGUCCUUUUCUUCUUAUUAAUUUUAAUAAAAACUGUUAAAAGGUCCAACGGCAUGCGGUUGAAGAUCAAGUUGCUUACUUUGGACAAACACCGUCACGUCUUUUGACAGUCCCUCAUAUUAGCAAAAUUGUGAAUGGGAAGUAUACUUUUAUGAAGCUCAGUUAGUUUCUGCAUCUCAAUCUCAACCAACAAGCAUAAUGGCCACAAUCAAAUCAGUAAUGGCUCGACAAAUCUUCGACAGCAGAGGCAAUCCAACCGUCGAGGUUGAUGUUAUUCUAGCAAAUGGUACAUGGGCCCGUGCAGCUGUUCCUAGUGGGGCGUCCACCGGUGUCUAUGAAGCACUAGAACUAAGAGAUGGAGGCUCAGAUUACUUAGGAAAAGGUGUCUCCAAGGCGGUGUCCAACGUGAACACUAUUAUCGGCCCUGCUAUUGCCGGCAAGGACCCGACUGAUCAAACUGGUAUCGACAAUUUCAUGGUUCAAGAACUAGAUGGAACCAAGAACGAGUGGGGUUGGUGCAAGCAAAAGCUUGGCGCAAAUGCCAUUCUGGCGGUGUCUCUUGCAGUCUGCAAAGCGGGAGCGAGUGUCAAAAACAUUCCUCUUUACAAGCAUAUUGCAAACUUGGCGGGCAACAAGAAGUUAGUAUUACCAGUACCAGCAUUCAACGUUAUUAACGGCGGAUCACAUGCUGGAAACAAGCUUGCUAUGCAGGAAUUCAUGAUUCUUCCUACUGGUGCUUCGAGUUUUACGGAAGCCAUGAAGAUGGGCGUUGAAGUAUAUCAUAAUUUAAAGUCUGUUAUUAAGAAGAAAUAUGGUCAGGAUGCAACCAACGUUGGCGAUGAAGGUGGUUUCGCCCCUAAUAUUCAGGAAAACAAAGAGGGCCUCGAGUUGCUCAAGACAGCCAUUGCUCAAGCUGGUUACACAGGAAAGGUUGUCAUUGGAAUGGAUGUUGCUGCAUCUGAAUUCUACGGAAAAGACAAGACCUAUGAUUUAAACUUCAAGGAAGAGAACAACAACGGGUCUCAAAAAAUAUCCGGAGUGCAGCUCAAAGAUCUCUAUAAAUCGUUUGUGAGCGAGUACCCUAUUGUGUCGAUUGAAGACCCGUUUGACCAAGAUGAUUGGGAGCAUUAUGGCAAGAUGACUGCAGAAUGUGGUGAUCAAGUGCAGAUUGUCGGUGAUGAUCUUUUGGUCACUAAUCCAACGAGAGUUAAGAAGGCGAUCAGCGAGAAGACAUGUAACGCCCUUCUCCUCAAGGUUAACCAAAUUGGAUCUGUAACUGAGAGCAUUGAAGCUGUGAAAAUGUCAAAGCAUGCUGGUUGGGGCGUUAUGGCCAGUCAUCGCAGUGGGGAAACAGAAGACACAUUCAUUGCUGAUCUCUCUGUUGGUUUAGCAACGGGCCAAAUCAAGACUGGAGCCCCAUGCAGAUCAGAACGUCUUGCCAAGUACAAUCAGCUCUUGAGGAUUGAAGAAGAACUCGGGUCAGAAGCAGUGUAUGCUGGAGCCAACUUCAGAAAGCCUGUAGAGCCCUACUAGAUUUACGUUGAAUACGGUUGAAAUAAAAACUCAAGGGAAGAGAAAAAGUAGACCUUUUCCUCAUAAUAAUUGUAUCUUUAAAGUUUAAAGUGGAUUUUGUUUUGUGGUAAUUAAUCAUUUUGGUCCAUGGUAUGUGUUGUCUCUAGCUAGCCUUCACAAAGUUCCUUACAACACUUGCUAUGGCUUUUUAUUUUAA